ACUCACCUCUUCAUUCAGACUUUACUAGUCAGUACGGUGUGUCAGUGUCUGCGAUAAACACACAUCUUACCUUAUACACAGCGACCGGAGUUAUGGUUACAUAUAUGGAUACGAAACUGUUGUGGUUGACAGCUCUGGCUGUUACAAUGUGUGCAGUUUCAUUUACCUCCGGAAUGUCCCUUUACGGAAUGUGCCUGACGACUUGUACCAAGUGCUCAAAUGAGUUCGGCUCCAGAUUUAACGAAGGAAUGUGUCAAGAGGUGUGUGGAGAAACGAAUGGCAAAAGUAUAGAAUCGUCAUGUGAGACGGGAUUUGACGUGGACAAGCGCUCAAAAGAAACCGUCCAUAUCUGCCGGAAGUACUGCGUCUCGUGCGUGCUGCGAUAUGGUCAUAGUUACAGUGGCGAAAAGUGCGCUAACCUGUGUAUGGAUACAGAAGGCAUGAGCAUCGACGCUGAUUGUAUGAACAUGGACUUCUGGAAUUUAAAUGUGAGACGCAGGAGCACUUAACAGACACGGGAGGAUAUCCAUAAUUUAUUUUUGCAUGAAUGAGAAAUAGUAAUUUAUUUUGUUAUGAAAACAAAAGUGUGAGUAGUUUCGAGUAAGCAUCACAUGACAUCUUCGUAUUCCAUAUUAAGUUAUAUAUUUUGUUUAAUUUGUGUGGACGCAUUCUCCUCCGACAACCAGGAUGCCCUGUCGGACAUUGGGCUGCUUUAUGUAAUGUGUGGGGUAGGGUGGAGAUAGUAUCGAACGAUCAGGUAUUCGCCUGAUCCAAUUACUAAAUAUAUUAACACUGAUUGAGUCUCAUCGCCAUGCGACUAGAGACAAGAGGCAAUUUAUGUAUGCAUAGGUAUUAAGUGUUUUAUCAUCAAUUGAGCAACAAAACGGAGAUAAUGUUCGUUUGAAUAAUCUCUAUAAAAUAUUAGAAACUCUCACGAUGUUUUGGCUCAUAUCUUCUCUCAUAAUGUAAUAAAACAAGCAAUGGAUCACUGAAAAUCCUACGGACGCUGCCCGCGCUUUCUGUCUAAAUGGAGACUAACGGGAAAUACUGCUAGAGCUCUACGUACUUUGUUAUUAAAUAGUUAAUGUUGCAUUGCUGUUUUUGAGUCGCUCUAUAUAGAUACAUGUUUAUCUAGAUUGUUUACUACGUGCGCCACAUUCCGCUCAAUGUGUUAUUACUGUCGUUGUAUGUUUACAUGUAUCAGAUCUCAACAUAGUGAUAUAUUUAUCCUCAAUCUGUGAUGAUGGUUUAUGUCGCAAAUUAAAAAUGCCUUUCAUUUA